CUAGAAGGAGGGUGGCGCAUGCGCGUUCGGCCGACGCCAUCUCUAACUACUGUGCGUACUUAUUCCUAGAGUGAAAUGAAUGCUAAUUCGUGUUAAAAAGUGUAAUUUAUCAUGUAAUUAUAUCGCCGCUUGUGAGAUAAAGUGACAACACAUAGUGUUUAACCUACGCAGUGCAAGCGUAAUAAAAUCGCGGUCGUAAAUUUGCGGAAGUUUCUUAGCUAUACCAACGCAUAUUUUUUGCGGCCGUCUCCGCGGCCACCGCAUACAUCGGGCUACUUGAUGGGCCUUUGUCGCCGGACCGGCUAGUGGUAAUUUACUGCUUUAUUAUCAACCGACGCCGCCGUAGAAAGCGUGCUAAGCGAGCUAAGCGCGUUACGCGCCUAUCGGCCGGAGCGAGUUCGAUUACGUACGAUUGUUGUGGGUCAAAGACUCCGCGGUGUUGGCGCGCGUCUACGACAGUUCUACAGCUCAUCGCUUAUGUUUCAGAUUUUACGCUUCGGUGUGAGUGUUCGCGUGAUAUGAAUUCUGUAAAGCCCGUUUUGCCCCAGCCUGGGGCGCCGGGUGUGCAGACGAGUCCCGCGAAGGCGACUGUCGCCGGCGGCGGAUUGGGCGCGGGCGGGAACUUGCCCAACCUCGGGGGCAGCCUUGUUGGGCAGAACCUAACGCAGCCCGCGGCCGUGCCACAGCCGCUGGCGCCGCCAGCUCAGCCCCUCGCACACGCCGUGCCGUCCAUGGCGCCGGUCUCCGCAAACAUGGCGCAAAUGGCUCAAAAUAUGAGUCACCACGGUAACUUAUCGCACGUCACUCAGAACUCUGUUCCACCUGUGGCCGCCAGUCCCGCCAAGCCGCCAGCCAGCGCUCCAUUGAGUCUCGUCCAAGACAAGCCUCCAGCACCAGUUCCUUCUCAGCCCUUAGCAUUGACACGGACUCCAGAGAAAAAGGAACCUGACUCCACUGUCCCACCGGCACAGUCAAAUGGCACAGUUGACUCUCCAAAAUCAGCUGCAAAUGCUCCCAACACUUUGAAACCACAAAAUCCUGAACCAAGCAAAUAUAUUGACAUUGCUAAGACAUCACCAAGUACACCAAAGCCCCCUGAGAAACCUUCAAGUACUCCCAGUACUCCUCAGAAGGCUGAACCUGCCAAUGCCAACCAAGCGGCAGACCCUGCUCAGCCCAAAGUGGCCACUGCCAAUGAGGCACCAGAAAAAUCCCCAGCUAAACCGACUGAACCCAAGCCAGCACCGACGGCUGAUGUUGCACCAUCCCAAAGCGACAGUAAGCCUGUUCCAGAAUCAGCUAAAGACAGUCCAUGCCCUGACAAGGCGCCAACUCCACAAAAACCUGAACCAGCCCAACCAGCAGCGGGAAGUGCCAAGGUACAAAAUGAUGUUAAACCUGAAGAGAAAAAACCAGAGCCGGAACCUGAAAAGCCAGCAGCAAAGCCAGUUCAAGAACCAGCUAAGCCAGAGGAGGCACCCAAAAAGGCAGAAACUCCUAAAAAGGAGGAGAAGCCAGUGGAAAGUGCUGAAAAGCCAGUUGAAAAAGUUGAGGAGAAAAAACCAGAAAAACCAGAGGUCAAAACCCCUGCUAAACCUGAACCGAAGGCUGCUCCAAAGUCUACUCUGAAGCUUGCGACAGUCACACCACCAAUGAGGAAGAGAAGGCAUGCAAGCCCAAGCAAGUCCACCGAUGGCCCCAGUGCGACUAAGAAACCUGCUGAAGAUCCUUCUACACCUGACUCUCGGUCCAAGAGGAAUAGGAAAUCGGUGCAACUAUACCAGUCUCCAACUCCUGAGAUCGCCAUGGCAACCAAGCUGUCCGCCUCUGCUGGCAGAUCAACACCAACCAAACCCAAUGACGACAAGCUUAUUGUGUUCUACAAAAACGAAUACCUAGCGGUCCGAAACGCCGAAGGUGGUUUUUACGUCUGCCAGGCCACGCAGAAUGUGUACCGCACCACACGCAAGAUCAAAAUCCGUUGGUUGUCUCAGGACAAGACCGCGGACCCGUCCGGAGAGACUUACAAACCGGACUUCUAUGACGUCACUGACAUGGAGUGCGUGCUAACGACGUUGUCGCUGGCGCGCGCGCCGGGCGGCGGCGGCGCGCAGAUCCUGAAGCCGGCCGAGCAGGCGCGCGCGCGCUCCAUCCUCGAGCGCGCGCUGCAGGCCGAGCAGGGCGACGCCAAGCCCGCCGUCACCGAGGAGCACCCCGACGGCUUGGACCUAUCGCUAUACACGGACGAGUCGCAGCUGGAAAAGAAGUCGCGCAAGCGCAGCGCGUCCAAGUCCUCCCCCCGCAAGCCCUCCCCCCGCAAGUCCUCGCCGCGCCAAGCCGAUACACAAAAGGAAGUACCGACGCCGGUUAAAAAGGCGCGUACCACACCAAAGCGCAGCCCGAAGCGCAAAUCCAAAGCGACACCGCAAAAACCACAAACCAAACGAAAAUCGGCAGGUACCACGCCCAUAGUGGCGACGGCAAGCAAGGUAGGCAUAGUACAACGGAUAUAUAGAAAUACGGCCACGGCGGUAACGGAAAAGGCAAAGGCUAAGACGCCGAAAAGGACGCCGGUCAAACAGAAGGAGACGCCGCCGCCAGCCACGCCGACGAGGGGGAGGCGGUCAAUUGUGAAAGACACCAAACCCUCCCCAAUCGUGCCCACGCCGUCGACGUCGACCGGCAAGACUACGCGCACGCCGCGGAAGCCCCCCGCAAAGAAAUAAUACGAGACGCACCGCGGCGCCACACUGCGCGUGACCGCACGCCGAGCGCGGUGAGGACCUCUAGUGAAUAUUAAAACCGCUUUUACAGGUCCAUUUUUACAAAAAUGGAAGGGGGACUUAAUCUAAGAUAAUUGUUUUCAAAUGAAACAUUAAUGUAAUGGUGAAUUUUAAUGGUAUACCUCCUCUAUGUCAUCAGAAUGUAUCACGAUCUAGCAAAAAUUAAAUGUGAAAUUGUGGAUGAACUGUUCUUAUUUGGACGAAGCAACAUGUGAUAAUGUCUCACGCCAUUUCAUGGUUUUAUGUAAAUUAGUACAAUGAUCAACAAACACCUAAAGUAGACCAGACUUAACACAUCCACUGCCAGCGCGAGCUACGUUUCUAGCCGGUAUCACGCUUUUUCUUAGCUUUUCGGUAGGUAUGAAGUGGAAAAACCGCUUAGUAACCAAAAGCGCCUACGAACGAGAACCCUGGCAGUGAAUGUGUUAUAUACGCCAUUUAAUCGAUUAUGAGAUAAAACUGGUAGAUUAUGUUAUUAGACCGAAUAUCUGCAGAGAUUUAGACAGCACACGCAGUGCAGGUGUCAUUUUAAACGUCAAACUUCUAUUAAAUUAUGACUUAUAAAAUAACACUGGCACUGCGUGUGUUUUCAAAAUCUCUGCAGACUUUUCUUGGUCUAACUCUUAAGUUGAUACUUGUACCAUCAGCUGCAAAAGUGCAUGGCGACUCACUGUGUCUUAUUCCAAUUGUUCUAUCAGACUAGUCUUCAGAUAUACAAGUGUAUAGCGGUUUUUAUCGUCACAAAAGACUCACUGUAGUUGUCAAUUUUCUCUACUCUUCUCGUUUCAAUGCAAUCAUUGAAGCCAGUUGAGUAGACAAAUGUUAUCAAACGUAUCGUCCUCGUGGUAAGGUCGUAACAUUGUGUCUUAGAAGAUAUUUAUUUUUACAACAUGGACUUGCAUAAUAAUGUUUUACGUUUAUUUUUAUUUUUUUAUUGUAAUUGGACUUUUCUUCGCAACAUGCAUUUUGACAGAUGGUUUAAUCAUGUUCCAAAUUGGAAUAAAUAUUGCUAAUAUAUCUUUUCAUGUUCUCUUGUUUUGUACUUAUAGGUGUAAGGAAAUCCGUUAGAUGUGCACCUGGAAUCAUCUCUCGUCAUUGCAAAUGAUAAAUAUUACGAGUAUAACACUGUCAAAAUGCCAUUCUGUGAACAUUGAUUUAGUCAUAAAUUGUAUACCUAUUUCAGUGGGAAGCUAACUAAUUGGCUGACUCAAGAGAAUCCAUCUUAGUUUACUUAUCUAAAACGGGAUGGAUCCUUUAACCUUUUGACCACCUAAUACUUCAACUGACGCGCUCAGCUCAAUAUUAACCUUCGUGAAUUCUGACAAGGUUCCCGAUGACGCGCCGAACACGAUAGGCGUGCAAAGGGUUAAGCCACGAAAAAAAUUGCAUCCUUUAUGGCAUAUUUAUGAGAUGUUUUUAUUUUAUUGAAUUUUUGAUGAUGAAGUACAGCAAUUGUGAAGCACAAGAAUGAUCAGGAAUAUUGUUAUAUUAUAGGGAAAUGCUAAGUGGAGGUAAAUUAUAAUUAUGUAAUUACUUUUAUACACUUUUGUGUCAGGGGCCUACUAGUGUAAAAUGCCCGGUACAGAUUAACUCGUGUCAACGAAAGGCCACGUUAUUUCUUUUCAAUAAGCGACUUUUCAAUAUCAUGCUUCUUUGUAACAAUAAAAUAUCGUAAAUCUAGAAUUCACUUUAAUUUUAUUAUACUAACUUUUACUAACGUAUAUGUAACAAUUUUAGUAUUCACUGUAAAUAUUAUACAAAUAACAUGAAUGUUAACAGUCUAAUUUUGCUCUUCUGGAUCCAAUGCUGGGGGAUGAUUGUCUCCUCUAGCUAUAGGCAAUAGAUUUAAAGGUUUUUUAUAAGGCUAGGAUAAAAUUUGGAAUUUUGCUAGUGUAUUGAUAUUAGGAUAUGGUACUCGAUAAUUUCGAAGUUUUGUAUAAAAUCAGUACAAAGAACUAAAAAGUAAUCAGAAUGUAACACAUUUGAUUUGUAAUAAGAAUAUAUUUUGAUACUAUUGGUUUACUUUUAUCGUAAUGUGCUGUCGUGAAUUGAGGGUAGUUGUCGUUUUAACUGCAAUGAGACCGAAAGGAAAUGGAUUGUAAGAAUUAAGGUUUCUCAUAGUGGCUGGCAGAUCCUCAAGUCUACAGAAUAAAUGUGUAUCUGUUUGGACCAAGCAUAAUACAUUGCAAUAAUUACAUAAUAUUAUACAUUGCAUACAUUGAAUCAAUGUACAGCUGAAUACUAAAUGUUAUGCCACUGCCUGUUUCGAAACUUCUUCAAUGUAAAAAUAGAUAAUUUAAUCUAUUUUUAGUUUUAUACAAUUUAGUUUUAAUGAAAACAUUCUCCCGACUUUGUUACAUCACAUCUGCGAGUUGAUGACUUAAGGUUGUUUUGGCCGGCGGGCGCGCGCCGCACUGCAUUUUGUUGAAUGUUUCCAUAAGUCUUAUGUUGUUAUUAUACGUCAGACCCGAGUUAAGGGCGUGCGAGUGUGUGUGUUAGAAAAAUUAAGUACCUACAUUUUAGAUGGUAUUUCUAAAUAGGUUAAUUAAAGAGAGGAUUAAGCUUAGGAUACAAAUUUGUGUGUGAAUUUUCUGUUUAUAACGUACCAAGUGGGAAAUGUUUGCACCAGUCCUGUGGUACAAUAGUUGUAAACAUAUUUUAGCGUUUUAUACAAAAAAUAUAUCAGUUUGAGAGUACUAUUGUAACAGAAAGUCCACAAAUUACAAAAUUUAUAUGCAAUUCAGAAUUAAAUAUAAUAAUUUAAGAGA